AUGGAGAAGUUCGUCUUUUUAGCACUUCUUGAUGUUCUGUUAGCUUCCCUAUUGAUGUUUCAGCCCAUCAUUUCUUCCAGCAACUUCACUGAUCAAGAUGCUCUCCUCCACUUCAAAUCGGCGAUCGAAGUCGACCCGACAAACACCAUCAAAGGCAGCAAUUGGACCAUGGAAGCAGAUUUCUGUGAAUGGAUCGGUGUCGUUUGCAGCAACCGCAGGCAGAGAGUCACAGCUUUAGACUUCUCCUACAUGGGUCUCCGGGGAAGACUCUCUCCCUACCUCGGCAACCUUUCUUUCUUGGCUUCUCUUGAUGUCCGCAACAACAGUUUCUAUGGCACGAUUCUUACAGAAAUCGGUUGUUUGCGCCGCCUGAAAAAACUCAUACUCCAAUCGAACCAGUUUGAAGGAAAUAUUCCUCCUAACUUAGCAUUGUGCCAAAAUCUCGAAGUGAUGUCACUCGCAAUGAACAGGUUAACUGGUGGCAUACCAAGAAAAUUCGGCGCCUUCCCUAAGUUGCGACAACUGUUUCUUAGCUUCAAUGACUUACGGGGUCAAUUUCCGAGCUUCCUGGGCAACAUAUCCACAUUGCAGGUCAUUGGUUUGAACACAGCCAGUCUCACAGGUUCCAUUCCUCCAACAUUUUUCAACCGAUCGCUUACGAUGGUCGACUUGAAUCAUAAUGAUCUCUCAGGGAGUCUUCCUUCCGAUCUUUGCUCCCGCUGGCCUAACAUUCAGUGGCUUUCACUGUCUGAAAACAAAUUCAGCGGCCAGCUACCGGAGACGCUAACCCAAUGCAAAGAGCUUCUCAUGUUGUCGUUGUCAUACAAUCGUUUUCAGGGAAGCAUUCCUCGAGACAUGGACAGCUUGCAAAAGCUGCAGGAGCUCUAUCUUGGUGUUAACAACUUGACCGGCACGAUUCCUCGAAACAUUGGUAACAUGUCGAGCUUGCACAUGCUGGACUUAGGAUUUAACUACAUUGGAGGGGACAUUCCGAGUGAGAUUAGCAAGUUGGUCAAUUUGAACUUUAUGAGCCUUCAAAGAAAUUUGCUAACAGGUGAAGUACCUCGAGAGGUUUUUAAUAUUUCUUCGCUCCAAGUGCUUGCUUUGACGGACAAUUCCUUCUCUGGAAGCCUUCCCUCAGGUAGUGAUCUGAGCCUUCCGAAUUUGGAAAAACUCUAUCUAGCAAAAAAUGGCUUUGGCGGCAACAUCCCACAAUAUUUCUCGAAUUUUUCGAACCUAAUUUUUUUAGAGGUCUCGUACAAUCAACUCAGCGGACCAAUACCCACGAGUUCGGGCAACUUGAAGAACCUCAGAUAUUUUGGGGUUCGGUCAAACCAGCUAACGGGAGAGACUUAUGGUGCGGAGCUCGAUUUUCUCUCUGCUUUAUCUAAUUGCCAAUCGCUGCAAACCUUGUUUACUGGAGAAAACCCUCUUGGCGGCUCCAUACCAGCAUCUAUCAAAAACUUCUCCAGUUCCCUACAAAUUCUAUCCGCUCCCAAUUGUCAAAUAAGAGGUCACCUUCCCAAGGAAAUUGGUUUCUUGAAGAGCUUGACUUUCCUAAGGUUGAUCGAUAACGAUCUAGUCGGCAACAUCCCAUCAUCAAUCGGAGGACUAGAAAGCUUGCAAAGGCUGUAUCUUGAUAACAACCAUCUCGAAGGACCAAUCCCCGAUGAGAUAUGCAACAUGACAAGUUUAGGAGAGUUGCUGCUCCGGCAAAAUAGGAUAUCGGGAUCGAUCCCGAAUUGCAUUGGAAACCUGAACAGCCUUCAAAAGUUUCUCGUAAGUUCGAAUAACAUGACAUCGGCUAUACCGGUUAGUCUGUGGAGCCUUCAACAACUCAUCUUCCUCAAUCUAUCACUCAAUUCUUUUAAUGGAGGAUUACCGUUUGACAUGGGGAAAAUGAGAGCUAUAGUGAGCAUCGAUCUUUCUUGGAACCAACUUAUUGGCGCUAUACCGAGUUCCAUCCAGGAGUUGCAGAGCCUUUCUUCUCUCAACUUGUCAAGGAACUCGUUUCAAGGAUCGAUACCGCAAUCGAUCGGCAAACUCAAAGGGUUGGAUGUCCUCGAUCUCUCCUACAAUGAGUUAUCAGGUGCGAUACCCGAGUCCAUGAAACGACUUCCAUUUCUACGAAGUCUGAACUUGUCCUUUAAUAAGCUAUCAGGAGAGAUUCCUAAUGGUGGGCCCUUUAGAAAUUUUUCGGCUCUCUCAUUCAUUGGGAAUGAAGCACUAUGUGGAAAUGCAACUUUUCAAGUCCCACCUUGCAAACUAAAAGGAAAUAAAUCAAUGGACAAGCGGCUCCGGUUACUAUUCAUUAUGUUGCCAUUUGUAUCAGCUGUACUUUUAGUCCUUGUCGUUUUCUUGCUUAGAAAGCGUGGGAACUCCGGCGAAAAAGCUACAGUUUCGGUGGACAACCAGCCUAGAAUUGAUCACCCCAUGAUAUCAUAUCAAGAGCUUUGCUGGGCUACCAACAACUUCAGCGAAAGCAAUUUGCUCGGAUUAGGAAGCUUUAGCUCUGUAUACAAAGGGACUCUGGUCACUGGGACAGACAUCGCUGUCAAAGUACUGAAUCUCCAUAUCGAAGGCGCCUUGAAAAGUUUUGAUGCAGAAUGCGAGGUUUUCCGCAUGAUUAGGCAUCGGAAUCUCGUCAAGGUGAUCAGUACCUGCACAAAUGCCGAUCUGAGAGAUUUGGUGCUACAAUACGUGCCCCACGAGAGCUUGGAGAAGUGGAUUUACUCCGACAACUAUAACUUGGGUCUCCAUCAACGAGUGAAGAUAAUGGUCGACGUUGCAACAGCGAUUGAAUAUCUCCACCAUGGCCAACCGGAACCCAUUGUGCACUGCGAUCUAAAGCCUAGCAAUGUUCUUCUAAACAAGGACCUGGUCACACAAGUUUGCGACUUCGGAAUUGCGAAGAUUUUGGCUGAGAACAAGCUUGAAACACAAACCCGAACUCUUGGCACGAUUGGUUACAUUGCUCCAGAGUACGGUUCGGAAGGAAAAGUCUCGACAAAAGGAGAUGUCUAUAGCUUCGGCAUAUUGUUGUUGGAAGUGAUUACUAGGAAGAAGCCAACCGAUGAAAUGUUCGAUGCGGAUAUGAGCUUGAGGCAAUGGGUAGGUGCAGUGAUUCCGGACCGAGUGCUUGACAUUGUGGAUAGCGGAAUCCUUAGCACGAAGGAAGAAGAUUUGAUGCUCCCGGAGCUCGAGAGCAUAGUUUCAUUGAUCCUCGAGUUAGGACUAGAAUGUUCAGAGGGCUUGCCUGAGGAAAGAAUGGACAUGAAAACUGUCAUGGUUAAGCUCAACAAGAUCAAGUUGUCACUUCCUUGACAAAAAAAUAAGGCGGAGAGCAGUAUCUAAAAUUUGGGCAUAGUAUCAUCUGAGUUUGUACACGGUUAUUUCGUUUCGAUGGCAUCAUGUAUAGCCAUCUGCAAUAAAAUUCCUUAUCCUCUUUUGUGCUUUCUGAGUUAGAGGAACACAUAGUAUCAUCUGAGUUUGUACACGGUUUUUUCGUUUCGAUGGCAUCGUGUAUAGCCAUCUGCAAUAAAAUUCC